GCAAUUAUUUAUGCAUAUAUUUAACUAAAAUGCCUCAAACGUCGCUACCUGGAAUGGAGGCAGAAAACCAAUACGAAGUUUCUAUGUGUGUCCGAGAUGAAUCAUCAAACUUGUGUAAAAGACACGGAAGCAGUUUUAUUGGGGAUCAUCAAUGUGGGGCCUAUACUCUAAUGAAUGGGAGUGUAAAUUCGUCGGAUCCUUCUACAGAUAGUUAUAGCUUGGCUACCGAUAUCAUUCCAAACAACAAUGCGUUUGACCGAAGCCUCAGUGUGCCGAAUCUACCGAUUCCACUUCCGACCUCGAGGAGGACUAGUACGCCGCUAUCUGUGAAUGUGAGGCCGUAUUACAGUACCGUUGUUCCAAGAGCUAGAAGCAAUCCAGGAGGAGAGACUUACGAAUUCGCUAGUGAGGUUCAGCAACAUAGACUAUCCCGUGUAAGUCCCCAACUUUCCAUUCCUCCGUCGAUACCAGAAUUACCUGCUCAAAUGAAUGAGAGUGACCGACAGAGCACAAGGAGUCGGUUUUAUAGUAGUAUCAAACAUGGAUUCAAUUCUAAAAAAGAGAAGAAAAUGACUGCUUUUUUUGUGAUGGUAGUCAUCUCGUUUCUGGCGGGGUUUAUAGCAAUAUUAUUGGCGGCCGUUCUAUUCGGAAAGGUACACGGAAUUGAAGACAACUUCUCGUUUUUAAAAGAAUUAAUUGGUUCUCCGACAUCAUCGGGUCAGACAACAACUGGAUGCAACAAGGGUGAAAAUGUAUGUCAUCCGCUGGGUGGCGUAUGCGUGGGUACCAACUUUGGAUAUGGCUGUUUUUGCAAGGAAGGCUGGACGGGAGACGGAAUAAACUGCACAGAGGUGACAUAUGCAAAAUGCACGGACCUAAGAAACGUUAUUGGAUUUACAAGCGGGUACUAUAAAAUCUCUCCAAAUCCUGGAAACGUUGAACCAUUUAUAGUAAGAUGUGAUAUGCAACGCACUAAAGGAGUGACGGAAAUAGGCCAUGACUCAGAAGAAACAAUUUAUGUGAGUGGGUGCGAUCCAGCAGGCUGUUAUUCUAAAAAUAUCACUUAUGAGGCAAAUUUGCAACAGAUUGAAGCUGUAAUCGAGUCAUCAAAAUACUGUUCACAAUAUAUAAAAUAUGAAUGCUAUCACUCAUCUCUAAAGUACGGAUGGUGGGUUUCCAGAUUGGGCACUAAGGAAACGAGAUGGGAUGAUGGAGUUGAAGAGUAUAGCUGUGCUUGCUCGAAGACAAACAAUACUUGUCCAGGUUGUUACUGCAAUAUCAACGAUAGCAAACAUAGAGAGGACGAAGGCACCAUUACAAACAGAACUCUACUACCCAUAAUGCAACUGAGAUUCGGGGAUGUUGGUGAAGCAUGGGAAGCUGCUCAUUUUACCCUUGGAAAGCUCAAGUGCUAUGACUGAAACACAUAAUCGGUUUUAAGUGACUGAAUUUAAUUUUAGAUUUGUUUUUUUGGUUAUCUUUAUUGAUCUAAGACAAUUGUAAUACUAUUUUGACACAAUCAUAAGUACUGAGAUAGAUUGAGAUUAGAAUAGGACCCACUUCUUCAAGCCUGGGACACGUACCUUGUUUCCCCAAAAAUAAGAUAGGGUCUUAUUUCAAUUUUAUCUCGAAAAAUAACAUCAGGGCUUAUUUUGGCGGGAUGUCUUUAAUUUUCAUUUAUCAAAAACAAAAUUACAAAGUAAAGAAUUACGAGAUUUCCAAAUAUAAAAAAUGCGAGAAUCGAUAUCCAUUUACUUAUAAAUAUAACACAUUUUUAUAUAAAAAAAUCAUUAUCAACUAGGUCUUAUUUUUAGGUAAGUGCUUAUAUUAAAAUCAUUUUUCAGGCUAGGUUUUAUUUUCAAGCUAGGUUUUAUUUUUGGGGAUACACGGUAACAG